AUGAAGAGUGUCCACAGGCGGAAGCGUCAGCGAACUGAUGAGGAGAAAUGGCCUUUUAUGGCUGACACUGGGCAUUUCGUGCAUCCAUCAGCGAUCAAAGAAAACGACGGGGUGUUAACUGGUGAAACUUCAGCGGGAGUAAUUUUGAGGAAAGAAGAAGCAUUGGUUCGGGUUCCACAAUGGGCCUUCUCAGAUGCAGGCGGUUUUGGUGCGAAUAUCCUGACGUGUCCUACUGGCAAACUGAACCAGGCAAUGGAUACUUAUGCGGAAGUGCUGUUGGCUUUGUACUUGCCGCAUCGAUGUUUGGCUGAUUUAAAGAAGUCCGUACCCCAGACCAACUUUGCUUUCGCUGAAAGACUUCGUGAAGUGUAUGAAUACGAUGUUCUGAGAAAAGCGAAUAACGAAGAACUCGUCGUCUUCUCAGAAAGGAACCUGUCAUUCAUCCAGAACAUUCAAGACACCGCUUUCAACAACCCGAGGUAUAAGGUGAAAGAGGAUGAUCUUCAACGAGUCACUAAGCCCUAUAGACCGGAAAAUUGGGAGGAGAACAUGUACGAAAACGAAUCUGAUGAUGAGCACGAACAUGAGGAAGAUGAUCUGAUUCAAAAGGUUUACGAGGAUUGGAUACGUGAUCUUGAGAGCCAGGGCACAACAGAUUCAAACCGGGACUUUCUGGCAAGCACAUUUGAUGGUCUUAGUUUUACGGCUAUACGUCACAAUGGAAGCGACAACGCAGGAUAUAACGUGCAGUUACCCAUUCCUGAGAAUUCGUUAGACGAAGACGAAUUUGUUACCAUAAGUGUUGACUUUCACACGACUGGCACUACAAAGAGAAGCACAGUGGAACCGCCUACACCUCGAUAUCACAAGAUCAUUGAAGUUCUACUUAACAAACGGGAGUGCAUCCAAAGGGCAAAUGUAUUUAAGUACAAUCCGCAGGUUGAAGUGUCGCAGGCGAAUGGAAGCGUGAGAAGUAUAAGUGACUGGGCAACGGCUGCCAAUCUGGACGACAAGCAGAGAAGGGCUUUCGAGUGUAUCAUUGCAGCCUUCUUGUUGACAUUUUAUGAGGAAGCUGAAAAGGCGGACUUAGAGGAUGGAGUCCCGGAUAUGGGGUUGAAGGCAAAAGUCCGACUUUCUCGUAAAAACCUUUUGAUUUUGAAGGGAAGUCGUGGCACCCAACUGAUUCUUCUUCUACAUGGGCCUGGAGGAAGUGGGAAGACUACCGUAAUUGACUUAGUCAUGGCCUAUGGCAAAGAAUUCUGCAGUUUGAUUGAUCAUCCAUUUAACGACCGAACCAUUGUUGUCACUGCUAUGUCGGGGUUGCUGCUACAAUACUACAUGGGGAAACAACGCAUUCAGCUGUGGGAUUGA